AAGUAAGUACGUUUAAUGCACUCAAUCACACUUCAACCGGAACUUUUUCGGUUCCCAGAGGUGCCAGGUCCUCCACAGGAUGUGCGCCUCAAGGACGUCUGGAGCCGAUCGGCCAGCGUGUCGUGGUCGCCAUCGUACAGCGGUAACAGCCCCAUCUCAAAGUACAUCGUUCAGUACUGGCGGGACCACGGCACGGCGCACAGGUUGCACGAACUGGAGGUGAUCGGCUCGCUGACGUACACCAUGGUCCGCGACCUGCUGCCAGGCACCGCCUACGUCCUCAACCUCGUCGCCGAGAACGCCAUCGGCCGCGGCGAACCGUCAAGAACCGUCGUCUUCCACACCGGCGAAGAAGAGCCGGAAGCAGCACCUGUCGAUAUCCUGGUGGAAAUGAAAGGACCUUCGACUGUGUACAUAUCUUGGAAGGCACCACCGAGGGAGCACUGGAACGGUCACCUGCUGGGCUACUACAUCGGCUACCGGCCCCGGGACACGGAGUCUCAGUUCUCGUACCGGCGCGUCGAGGCAUCGCCCAACAACGCCAGCCACGAGUACUUGCUCGGAGGACUGCAGCGAGGCACCGAGUACACACUCGUGCUCAAGGCGUACAACAGCGCCGGGUCCGGACCGGCCUCGCAGGAGAAGACCGUGCGCACCAUGGACGGAGAUGUACCCGAAGCACCGAGGCUUUUCGUGACGGGAGUGACGGCCGAUACCAUGACGCUCCGGUGGGUCAUCAGGUCCAGCAGCGACGUCACCGGUUUCAACAUCCACUACAGGCAAGAAGGUGGCACGUGGCUCGAACUGCCGAUCGUGAACACAGCCAACAACACGUACACGCUGACCAACCUGCAUCCGGGUUACGUGUACCAAGUCUACGUGACAGCCUCCAACGUGCUGGGACGUGGUGACCCGAGCGCCAUACUUUUGGUUAGGACAGAGAGCUCUGCGUCGGGACACGAAAGCUCGGCCAUCGAGAACAAGCAGGCGGAUGACGAGGUGCCCAUCUACAUGGACAUGGCCAUCAUGAUCCCGGCGGGGGCCAUCCUGCUGGCCGUGCUCGUCAUACUCUUCAGCACGUGCAUCUGCAUUCGAAAAAUGAAGAGCACUCCCCGACCAGUGCCAGAGAUCAUGAGGUACGACCCGGCUACUCUGAAUACCGGAACCAUGAUGUCCCAGAGGUACGUGGAGAUGGAAAAGAUGUCCGAGCAGGACGUCCCAUUCGCCACUCCCUACGAAGGAGGCACCAUGCGCAACGGCACUGAGUUGCGGGGCACGCUCAAGGAGCGCCAAGAGAUGAAGACUUACGUACCCAAGAACCCGAUGAAAGACCGGCCGCUUCCUCAUCCGGAACACUCUCCGCUGCGGAUGGACGAAACUUACUACGACAGCGCGCAGUGAUCGUCGCCCCGACGCGAUGACAACGAACCCGAAAUAGACGCGGUCCCCUCCAGUUCGAACAAGCACAAGCACGACCGACCGGGGAACGCGUGAUCAAGACGACGACGACUCCCCGCAGUCGCCAUCAAUGAGCUCCGCGACGACAAACGCCGGACCUCGAACCCCUCUCUUCGUGCGUGCAAGGAGGCGACAACGCGACGAGACAUCGGGGCUACAGCCCGUGGUGGCUCUGACCCACGUGCUCAAGAGACGUGCAAGCUGUAUGGAUGCGUCGAAUGUGUCUGUGUGUAUGUGUGUGUCUGUGCGUGCAUGCGGAAAAGACGCAGCGUCGUCCCAGAGUGGCAAACUUUUCUUCGCCACAUGUGGAACAGCGUGUGUGCGCUGGCCGUAUGUCCUAGAGUGUGGCACCUCGGAUCCUUUUUUUCCCCAUUUCUGGCCCAGACCCGAUGCUGCGUCGAGCAGAGUCUGGCACGGCGUACAAUGGCUGUCAAGGAAGUGUGGCAACUAGUGUGCGCACUUUAAGGGUUCAGUUGUCAACGGUAAAUCGCUUAACCUUUCGUUGAAGGUCACGUCCGUACGUUGGCUGGGUGGCAGCACUUUGUUUCAUACUGAUAUCAAAACGUGGCGCUGGUGCCUGCCGAAGCAGGCACCAGCGCCACGUUUCACAAUCACGGGCAGUGCGUGAAUUUCUCCCUUCUUGCCUUUCUAUCAAUUGCCUUCUAAUUACGUUGUGUCUCGGCUGUCAAGCAGAGAAUGAGACUGGAGCCAAUGCUUCGGGAAGGGGACCUGUCUUCAUCAGGCAGAAUCUUCUGCGACUCAGCCUACAUCCUGACAUAGAUAAUGCCGAAACACUGGCUCCAACGUCAUUCCCUGUCCGGUUACUAAUGCUCAUUUCAAGCACCCUAUCUUCUUGAGAACUUCUCUAUUGUUUGUAUUUCUAGAUUCAUUGUUAUUCCAGAAUCGCCGGAUGACUAUUGUUAAUCUAAGCUCUGCGGACUGCCCACCGAUAGUAUUUCCGGCUUCACAAGAAAAACUGGUUAGGGUAUCGGGAGUAACCAUCCUAUAAAGGACAUUAAUUUUCACAUCUAUUGCAUUAAUAACAGCCCCCAGCAUACCAAAUUUAGCCACAUACCUGAAAAAAAUACUCUUGGCAUUUAUUUGGUUCGCUAAUUGCCAUUAAAUGUAUUUUCCGUGAAUGUAACUUCCGGCACGAAUGGCACGAAGAAGCGAAACAAAACUAGACCCGUAAAAACAACCGCCAAAAUAGCCGUAACGUGAAAUGCCAGCAGCGUUAAAGGCCAUGAGACAUCCU